AUGGCUGGCCGAGCCUCAUACCCUGACCUGGGUCGGACCGCUCCAGGUCCUGAUCGCUCUGCGCGAUGGGAAAGAGAUCGCUUCUAUGAUGAACGGGAACAAAAUAUGACACUUGAGCGUCACAUUGGCCGCGGCCCUGAUCGCGAACCUCGAUUCGAUGCCCUUCCUAUCCGGACUCGCAACCCGCACGACGACGAUGAUUACUUCCGCCAGGACCGUCGUGUACCUCCACCAAGGGAGCACUCCGUCGAUGAACGCUACACACACGACCGCCGAGGCUGUCGCCCACAUAUCGACGAGGAAGAAGACGAUGAACUCCUCAUUCGUGAACGGCGGCGUGUUAUGUACGACGAUAUGGAGACUCCCCGCCCUCCCUCUACUAUGCGCCGACGACCAUCUCCUUCCGAAAGCUCCUUCACCCGCCGAAGGCCAUCUCCCGAAAGAGAAAGAUUCCGCAGCCCAUCUCCGCCGAGACGCCCUACUGCUAGGAUGAUGCGACGUACUUCCAGUGUCGACACCUAUGACCGAAAGCCAAAGGGCUUCUACGACCGCGAAGAGUACGGUCCGCCACCCAGGAGGUCCGACUACCGCAUUCCUGCCAACGUACCCAUCCCUCUGCCCCGGCACAAGGCAUUGCCUCCACCUAGAGUUUACGCCGAACACGACUACUUCCGAGAUAUCCAAGUCUCGGAUCCUCAUCGAUAUGGUGACGAGGAGUUCCACGCGUUCCAAGGGGGAGAAAAGGUCCGCGAGCGCGAGAUCGAGAAGGAGGUUAUCCACACAAGGCGCAGCCGAAGAGACCGGAGUAGGGACUCGCGUGCUUCACGUGCUACCAGUCGUAGCCAUCGAAGCAGCCGCCGAAGCAGAUCAGUGGCAUCUACCAGUAGCAGCUCCUCGAGUAGCAGCAGCGGCGGUACCACUAUCACAUCAAGGAGCGAGUAUCCUAAGAAGGGGAAGACGAGAAUCCCCACUCGCUUGCUUUCGAGGAGGGCCCUGAUUGAAAGUGGCUAUCCAUUUGUUGAGGAGGGCAAUACUACCAUUAUCCAGAAGGCUCUUGGUCAAGAGCAUAUCGAUCAUUUGCUCAAGAUGAGCGACGAGUACAAGAAAGCUGAGCUUGAAAUCCAAGCUUCCCGCUCGAGUGCCGGUGAUAUCAUCGAGGAACGCGAAGAACACCGCACCGAGAUCAUCGAAUGCACCGACACAGCAAUGCCAGGGCCUCCACAUCACACGACACACUACACUCAAACCACUACACAUCCUCCUCACCCUCACGUCCAUACUACCACCGUACACACCCACCCGCCUGUUCAAGCCACAUAUACCCAACCAGUGAUGGUAAACACGGCUGUGCCCGUACAGACUCGAGAAGUCGACUUCGCAAAGACUGUCCAGGUCCGCGACGUCUCUCCUUCCCGGGCUUCCUCCUACAGCUCUUGGGAUAGUGCCUCGUCUUGGACCGACUCGACCUACACGACGGGUACCUCAUGCUCUACUUGCUCGACCGCAACUGUCACACCACGAGGACAUGUGCACACGCCCCAAGUGGUCCACGUCGCUCACCCAAGAGAAAUGCCGGGAGGCGGAGAGCUGAUGGUUCUCGAUAAGAGCCACAGUAUGAGCCGGAGCCGCAGUCGCCAUCAGAGCCGUAGCCGCCACAGUCGUAGCAAGAGCCGCCACAGUCGUAGCAAGAGCCGCCACCGUUCGUACGAAUCAGAGAGUAUCCGGUCCGAGAUCGACCGCCUCGAGAGACAGCUGGCUCGCAAGGAACGACACGGCAGCAGAGGCGAUCUCGUCAGGGCCGAACGGCUAUCCACCGGCGAGCUGGUCCUGCUCGAGGAGGAAGUUGAAAGGAUCGAGGAGCCUAGCAGGGGCGUGAGGCUUGAGAAGGACAAGAGAGGUCCUCCGCCGAGGUUGAUGAAGGCCAUGUUGGCUACCUUGACCUAA